GAGUCGCUUGGCUGAGUGGAGCUCCUCAGGGUGAGGCCUACAGAGUCCUGUUUCAUCUUGCCUCUCACUCGAGGGUUCCAAAACCACCACUAUGUCAAGUGAGCCAAGCGCUACAGGGACCUCACCCAGGACACCACGUCCUGGGGCCCAGAAGUCAUCCGGUGCAGUAACCAAGAAGGGGGAUCGGGCUGCUAAAGAUAAGACAGCAAGUGCCCUGCCUCCGGUGGGUGAGGAAGAGCCAAAAAAUCCCGAGGAGUACCAGUGCACUGGGGUCCUGGAGACAGACUUCGCUGAGCUCUGCACACGGUCAGGCUACACGGACUUUCCCAAAGUUGUCACCCGGCCACGGGCCCAACAGAGCUCUAUCCCUUCCGCCUCCUUGACAGAAAAACCAGCCCAAGAUGACCAGAGACUGUCGGCAUCCUGUAGCCAGAACAGCCUGGAGAGCAAGUAUGUGUUUUUUCGGCCUACCAUUCAAGUGGAGCUGGAGCAGGAGGACAGCAAGGCCGUAAAAGAGAUCUACAUCCGAGGUUGGAAAGUUGAAGAUCGGAUUCUGGGUAUUUUCUCCAAAUGUCUACCCUCCCUCAGCCAGCUGCAGGCCAUCAACUUGUGGAAGGUGGGACUGACAGAUAAGACCCUGACCACUUUCAUCGCCCUUCUGCCUCUUUGUUCCUCUACACUCAGGAAGGUAUCUCUGGAGGGGAACCCAAUACCGGAGCAGUCCUUCAACAAGCUAAUGGGACUGGACAGCACGAUCGUUCACUUGUCUCUGAGAAACAACAACAUCAACGACCACGGGGCGCAGCUCCUGGGCCAGGCACUGUCCACACUGCACAACAGCAACCGGACCCUUGUUUCACUGAACCUGGCAUUCAACCACAUCGGGGAUGAGGGCGCGGGCUACAUCGCGGAUGGCCUGAGGCUGAAUCGCUCUCUCCUCUGGCUGUCCCUAGCGCACAACCGCAUUCAAGAUAAGGGAGCACUGAAGCUGGCCGAGGUCCUGCGCCCUUUUGAGCUGACCCACAGGGAGGUGGUGGAGCGGCGGCGCCUGCUGCUGGUGAAAGGAACACAGGAGCGGUCUCGAUCGCCUUCCUCCUCCCGUUAUGGGGACUCCAAAGCAGACCGUGAGAAGUCUCAGACGCUGGGGAUCAGCAAUGUUACUUUGGUGGACAAGCAAGAAAAGCUGCAGUCAAUGAAAGCCCCUAAAGGCCUAGGCAAGAAAAAGGAGAAGUCGGGGGAAGUUGUAAAGAAGGAAGAGAAGCUGGGAGCUGGGCAGUCACCCACACAAGGAACCCCUAAGAAAGAAGAUGCCACAAAGGCAGGCAAGGGGAAGGUAACCAUCCCUGAGCAGAAGAUGAGCAAGGGAAAAGCGAUGAAGAUUGGGGCCAAAGAGAAGCGCAGCAUCCUCCUGGAGUCAGAACAGCUGGUUGUUGAAGCUACAGAGAUGGUUAACCCUCUCCUGGAGCCUGUGGAACACCGAGAUGGGAAGGUUUUCUUGCCUGGGAACAAGGUCCUUUUGCACCUCAACCUGCUCCGAAACCAAAUCACAGAGGUGGGGCUGGAAGGCUUCCUCACUGCUGUGCAAUACCAGGUUCAGGUCUCCAAGUCCAGGACUUCAUCCAAGGCCCCCCUGGGACUGCUGUGGCUGUCCUUGGCGAAAAAUUGCUUUGACCCACAGUGUCAAACACACAUCAUGAUUCAAGAACUGAUGUUGCCAAGGGACCCUGUGAAGGCCAAGGCCAGGGAGGAGGAGGCCGCAGCUACCUAGGCCUCCUAUAGGCAGCCUCUAUCUCCAUGGGAGGUAUCUUGGACCAGUAACAUAGUCUCUUGCUGUGCUGUUCUUUGAAAAUCACUCCAGAACUGUUUGGAACAUUUGGGUUCUUGAGUCUGUUUAUAUUCCCUGGCUAGACAUGGCCAAAUGUUGGCUGAAUCACGCCAUGGCUCCAUUGGGGGAUGAGCUGAGCUUCUGGCUAGGGCCAUUGCUCUGAGAGUCCCAGCAGCAUCCCCCAGGCCAUCUCUGUCAGUGUGCACACAGCCUUAGGAUGAUGGGGGUCAGUUAGCAUAACUGAUGGAGGGAGCAGGCUUGGAACUAGGGCCCAUCCCCUAGCAUUCUCUGAUGCUUAUCUCUAUGUAUUUGUCUGAUUUUCAAGAGGCCAGGGCUCUGCUGUAAAAGAUGGAGGCACUCUGGAGAGGGUAUUGUAUCGAAUUUGCAUAGCAAAGGCCAAACAUUAGACAUGGCAGGUCAGCAGCUAGAAACCAUGGACAUCCAGAGUGGGGCUGCUUCCGCUAAAGAUUCUGGAGAGCCCAUGCCAACCUACAGGGGAUUUCCAACCAAGGUAAAGGGGACAUCUCCCUCAUCUCUAGUCCCUCUGUCACCUCUACCUACCAGAGCUCCAUCUUCUGCACUGGCCGCCUCAGUACUGGCUGGCAAGUGGUUCCAGGGAUCUCUCCAAUUGCUCUAAGUCUGAGUCACGGUAUCAAGAUGCACCAUGGCCUCUCCAGUUAUGGACCAGGUCUUCUAAAGCUGGCUUCAGCCCCACACUUGCUCAACUGCCAUGGCUACUCCUGAUCAUGGGAAGGAGGAGGGCAGUGUGUGACCUUCCCCCUCAUGUUUUACAUCUGUGAGAGUAGGUCACAGCAGCCCUGUUCCUUUGUGUGAAGUAACCACAAUGUCCUUUUCUGGGCCAGAGUCAGUCGCCCAACCUUUGCUGAGAAGGUCUACACACUUUCACUUUGGGACAGGUAGAAAGACCUGGUGUACAAUGGCGUGGCAGGGGCUCUCUGGCGCCCUCUACCCAUUCUUGACCAGUCACAACCGGCAGUCUCACACCCUCUAUCAGUCUAAGAAUCAUACAACCACAAUGGAAGAAUAUUUAACUUUUCUUUAAAAAAAUCUUAACCAUGAAAGGAAGAAAAUAAGCGUAUACAUUAUUUUAACAGCAAAACAGUCAUUUCCAUAUCUAUAUUUUAUAUAUUAUAUAUAUUUAUAUAUAUGUAUAUAUACACCUAGCACAGUGUGUAUGUUCAUCGUGAGGACAGGGCGAUGAGCCAAUGGUGCUGUGGCCCCUGGGAAGGGAAGCCCUGACUUAACUCAGGAACUCCAGCAAUCCACUCCACAUCUCUCUUGGGGGUCUGUUUUGAGAUCUGUACCUGUUGUAUUUGUUUCUAUGGGGCAAGUGGGGAAGGGUUGGGCAAGAUGCUCCCUGCAGGGGCAUCUCCUGACAGUGAGAAGGCCUAGGCUUCAGAGGUGGGCCCUGGAGUCUGGGAGACCUCCCUGCCAGUGGGACAUAAACAAUCAUGACCCUGAGCUGGGCUGCUGCCUGGCUCUCUGUGACUGGUUGAACAUGCCAGGGACAGAAAAAAAGGCCAAGUUAUUUACAGUGGCAAAGAUACACAUACAAUAGACAUAUUUAUAGGAAAUUAAAGGGGCAGAGAGGAGAGCCAGGAACUGGGCUGUCUCGGGGCCUAGGAAGAAGGGGAGGAAAAAAGUGCAUGUACACAUAAGCCUCCUCCUUUGACAUGCAUACCCGAGGGCACUGUGUGCACAGCACACCCCACACUGGUUAUGUGGGGUGGAGGCCUUUCUGUUGUGGUCAGCAUGCUUAGGAGAUGAAAGCCAUGGAGGCUUGGGCUAACAGGAGGACGAGACACUAAGCAGGACUGUCUGGUGGGAACAGACCAGGCAACAAUGAGGGGUUCCCCGGCCACGGCAUCUUUCAAGGGGAGGCUUGGGUCUCCUAGGGUUAUGCUCUGGCUCUGGCCAGACUCUGGUUGUCUGGAUGGCUAUGGUCCUGGUGACGCAGUUGUGUCUGUGGCACUGUCUUCCAGGGGGGUGUCGGAGCCUGUGGGGAGAUGGUGAGGGUGAGCAGCUGGCUACAUUUGGGAUGUUCUCUUUCGUGUCUCUGGCUGACUCUUCAGCACCAGCCGUCUGUGACAAAGCCUUAAUAAAGCUCUAGAAAUUUGA